AUGGAGGGACCACCGCUUGUGACUCGUCACUCGCUUGAUGAAGAAGAUGUUCACGGUCUGGGGUACGGCGUUGGUGAUGGAUGUAGCGGACCGUUUUCCACAACUCUUCUGGAACCAAACGUGCAUGACGUGAUGAGCAUGGAACUUGCUCAUCACGAAAUGGGAGGUUACUUGGAUCCACGAAGUUUUGGCGGAGGAACCUUGGGUUUCGAUGAUUAUAACGCCUCAUCAUCCUUAUACGACGUUAACAGCGCUUUUGGGGAUGACAUGUCCAACGAGCAGAAGAAUUUAUUUGGCAGUGAUGCUGUCCCUUUCACCCAGUUGAAUACCAACAACCAAAUGAAGUCAAACGGUCGUACAGAGCAUCAUGCUGCAACAAUUCAAAAUAACAAAUACGACAACAAUGUCGUAAGGUACGACCAGCCACGAAGUGUACCCACGUAUCCUGUGAAGACGGCUGAUCCAUCCACCUGCACUCAAUAUGCUCCCGUCAGGACUCUACUAAGUUCUACAAUGAAAUCACACGGAAGCACUUCAAGUCGACGAACAGCAUCUCGUAGCACACAAAAGAAAGAGGCUAUCGAUCCGAAAAGGGUGGAGGAUGAAGUAGCGAGAAAUGUAUCACAGAUUCUGUCCGCUACAAAACAGCAGCGUCUGGCAAUGGAAGCCCAACAGCGCAGCGGUACUGCUGCACCACAACCACCACGCAUCGCCUAUGCAUGCCCCGACUGCCAUAAAACAGUAACUAGCACUAGAAACCUACAGCGUCAUCGUCAAACUUGUCCUGCUAGGAUGGGUAACGGUACCACCGUCAUGGGAAUGCCUCCUUCUACAGUACCUUCCUCUUCCGUUGCAGUGUGCCCCUCUUCUACCUCGGUGAUGAUAUCGCCUACAUCAUCGUAUUCUAACCUUUCUUAUUCUAACUAUAACCUCUCUACUGAUGAUCAACAUUACGCGGACUGGUCUCGCAGCAAUAGUUAUUCCGCUCCACAAUCCGUAUCUAGUCAGCACGAACGUUGUUUGAAUGAACCAGCCGAUCAGCUCGGUACCCUGGAUCCUAACAGUAUCUCAUGUCGCCUCGAGGAUGCCUGCUUACAUCCUCUCUCUUUGGACCUCGAUGAACCCCGAGCACUUUCAAGUAGCGAUUCGACAAGUUCCGCAUCCACAGGGACUCACUCGUCUGGUACAAUAUUUAUAUGUGAAUCUUGCAAAAAGUCAGUUUCUUCUCUGCGUAGCUUGAAGCGCCACCACACUACCUGUAAACAAUACAUCGCUGAGAAUGGUCCGCCUCCUGACAGCGACCGUUCAUCGACUUCUCAAAGCAAGAAUGCUGCAGAACCGGUCGCCGGUGAUUUGCUGACAGUGGCCGUAAUGAAUUCAGCUGUUUCUCCUGGCGUUAUGAAAUCCACUUCGUGCUCGUUACCAUCAUCAUCAUCGCGUAUCACCGCCGUUGUGACUGUGAUUGCUGCUGACCGUGGUGGUACAACUUAUCAGUUUGAUUCAUGUUCGAAUGCCCCUCCUCCUCAGUUGCCGCUCGUUACGUCGUCAUCAUGCCGCUGUUCGUCAUUAUCCGACUGCAUCUGCACACCGUCAACUUCACCUCAGCAGUCUUUGUUGUGCGUUCCCAAGCUGGCUGCCAACAACAACACAUGUGAAGAUUGUAACCGCCAGCUGUGUUCGGCUAGUAACCUGAAACGUCAUCGUGCCACAUGCAAGAUCGUCAUGCAAAAGUGGCAGUACUCAAGAAGUGGUGGAGUUGUUUCACCAGUGUCCAAACCUGUUCAGCAACAGAAAUGGCAACCAGUUGAGAUAGCAGCGCGAGAAAGAAUGAUAAUUGAUCGAUCGUAUGCAGCUGCUUUGGCAGCUAGCCAAGAGGCACAUCAGCAUGUUCAACAACAGCCACAGAUGAUAACUCGUACAACAUCGGAUAACACUGGGACGUUUGUGAUUGUACAGGACCAGGGCAUAGUCGGUGAAAGACCCUGGAUAACUGUUGGUGAACACCUACGAGCACAACACAUGCAGCAAAAAGUACUAGAGGCUCAGAACCAGCAAAAUCAAAACAUGGCGCCCUCAGCAACCUCAUCGAUGGAGAAGUUUAGUAGCGAGGAUGCGGCUAAAACUUCUAAUAAUACCCUGCAUGUGGUACCCUCACUUGUGAAAUUUAAGUCGUGCGAUGAACACCACGUCGACGACACUGAAGGUACUGGUGAAGAGAAGCAUCGUGUGCAGGAGCCCUCACAAAUGAUAGAGCGGAAGACGUCUACGUCUUCGUAUAAAUGUACGAACGUCAUCUCUCGUCUUCCAAUGAAUGUACAACCAGCAACAGUUAUGCGCUGCUCAUCAACUGUCGAGCAGAAGCCGAUUUACGACGUAAAAUCUGGCGCAGGAGUUGGAUCGCAGUCAAUUCAAUGCUCAUCAGCACCAAUCACUCCACUUGAGAGUAUUAUAACAACGCAGCCGUUACCCAGCGAGCGCCUGAACUCGUCGUUUGGAUCGUCCCGAGAUACAAAUGAGCGGCGUAGUUCGGAUGCGAUACAGACAAGUGUUCCAGCGCUUGGUUCCUCUGGCAUGUUGUCAUCUGGUCGCCAGGCUGCGCCACUCACCUCCGAAUUUCAGUGUCCAGAAUGUAUGAAAACUUAUUCGUGCCGUAAAAACGUGAAGCGUCAUCGCAUGGCAGUACACAAGUUGUCGGCAGAGGAAGUAUCACGACCAAUGAGUGCUGCUCAAUCGUUGGGCAGUAUGGGUGACUCGCCACCACUUCCAUCUCUGGGGCAACAAGUCAAUCGUAUGACGGUGGCCAGAAAUGACUAUAAAUCUGAAGGACCUAUGAUGGGAUCUUCUCAGCAGAUGGUUCAACAGUCAAGAUAUCAGGAAAGGGUGAAUAAUUCAUGGAUGAAUUCCCAUCAAGUGCAAAAUUCGCACACGGAGGGCAGUUGGGCCAGGUCAAGAGAGUACGUGGAUGAUGAGGAAAGCGCUGAAACCGCCAGGAUUGCAGCCGAGCUGAAGCGGAGCGCUGAACAGGAAAUGGCUGAGAUAGAAGGGAAGAAACCACGUACGGAAUUAGCUGAAGCGGACACGACAUUCCACGAGGAAACUGAAACAAGCUCUUCUCUCACACACGAUUCUACAAGAAUGCAUUCUUUGACAUCAUCUGUUGCUGGACAGUUCCACUCAAACUCUGGUUCUCAUUCCGCAAUGAGUUCGUGGAUGGAGCAGAAAUCAACACCGGCGGACGUUUCUCAUGGGGCGCGAUCGGCUCCUCAGUCUGGUCCAUCUACAACUACUCGUGUCAAUAAGAGACCGCCUCAUGUUUGCAUUGAUUGUAACCGUGUUCUCUCCUCCGAUUAUUCGUUACGACGUCAUCGGCUCACUUGCGUAGAGGCACGUGCAAAUGGCGCUAAUCAACCUGCAGCUCCAUCCGGAGGGUCUAACACCAAUAAUUCUUCCCUUAGUGAGGAGUCCUUGCACCUCCAAGACGUUAUGCUUGGAAGUGCAUGUAUCGGGAAUGACCGAAACACGGACUCGAUGGGAAUGUCAGAUCCAAUGUUAAGCCACGUUGCACUUUCUACACCGCUACACCAACAAGGUGUUCAGUUUAGUCGUACACCAUCACUGACUGGCUCAGGAUCGGCUUCUGCCGUCGACGAAUGGUACGAGCGUCAUUCUUUGCGCAAAACGGAUGAUGUGCCGGACUCAACUACCAGCCAGAGGCUUGAUCGUUCAACUUCUCCGGGAAUUCUCGCCACGCCCACGGAAAGCUCACAACCCGGUUGCCUCCAAUACACCAGAAAGCGUGCUAAUUCCGGUGAAAUAAAUGUGCAGAGCGGUCAUACAUCUCGUUCGCAGCAGCACAAACAUCUCUGCCAGUCAUGUGGAAAGUUUUACUCGUCCGAAUGGAAUUUGGAGAGGCAUCGUCGAGAGUCGUGCCCCGUAAAAGGAAAGGGAGCGUCACCAGCCCGAGAGCCCACUGAUAGCGCAGUCAAUGACGAGACAAGCGUACAAGUCGGCCAUACGCUUUUCCUGUUAUCGAGAUCAGCUUUGUCCCGUGCUUCGGCAUAUUUCGCUCAACUAUUCGCCAUGCAUGAUCCAUCAAAAGGAGAGUUGCGCCUGGAGCUUGAUCCCACACAUUUUCAGUCGCUUUUGGAUGUGUAUAACAACCCUAACAAUCUUAAUCAAUACAACAUCGACGCUGUUGUGGUUUUGGCUAAUCGGCUGAAAUUCAGCACCGUUUUCGACAGCUGUGAGAGAUACAUUGCCGAACAGCUGCCACAGAUCUCAGUGAUGCACGCUAUUCGCUUAGCGGAACAGCUCAAACUUUCGGCUAUUAAGCAACGGCUUUUCGACACAAUCUCGAUAGACGUUUUCAGAUCUCUGGCCUCUGACGAGCAGUACAAGAAGAUGGAUGCAGAACUGAAAGCUGAGCUGCUCGAGAAAUGGGGAACGUUCCUUUGA